AUGCCCAGUAGAGGCGCUCCGGGGGGCCCAGGCGGAAGGCGAGGAGGCUCCCGGGGAGGCCGUGGCUCUAAGCCUCAGAGAGGCAGUCGCAGUAUUCCUACAGAGGAGGAAGUGCUCGCAAGGAACGCGGGACCGUCGGAGAGCAGCGAGCAGUCAGACGAGCAGACAGAAGAGGAGCUGCAGCAACCAAGGAGGGGUCCAGCCUUCGUAGCGAACAGUGACGGGAGUAGAAGAGGUCGUAGGACAGGAUGGGGGCGUCUUCUGGACGCAGGGAACCGAGGGGUGGUUGCUCGUGCGUGA